CAUCCCCCCAUGUGGUCUUCCUCAUGGAACUAAACAAACAGUGGUUGAGAACGAAGUUUUACGAGAGACGUGUGGUUUCAAGAAUGGAGUGUGUUGGCCAGCAACAAUUUCGAGCAGGUGGUGUGUGCUUAUGGUGGACGUAGGAGGUCACCAUUACACGGAUGGAUCAUGAUCUCCACUUCAACGACGUAGCUAUUGAUGAAGAAAAGGAAGGGCAAUGGAGAUUUACUGGCGUAUAUGGCUGGCCGGAGAAUAGCGUUAAGUGGCGGACGUGGGACCUACGCUCACUUGGAGGGCAAUGGAACGGUCCAUGUCUAUAUGGAGGAGACUUCAACCAGGUGCUUUCGACAGAGGAGAAAUCAGGGGGGAGACAGGCCCAUGAGAUGGAAAUGAGUAGUUUUGGAGAUUGCCUCACAGAUACAGGCUGCAGGAUUUGGGUUUCCAAGGGUACCCGUUUACGUGGGAGAACAGGAGAAAUAGAGGCGGGUUCAUCGAAGAACGACUGGAUAGAUUCACGGCAAAUGAAGGAUGGAGACAAUUAUUUCCUAAUUGUCGAGUCAUUCAUGGGGACAGGGCGAGCUCGGAUCACAGGCUGGUAAUAUGCGAAACACGAGGUGAUGAUGAUGGUGAACUGAAAUGGGGAUGGUCCUUUCGCUUUCAGCCACCUUCGACCAAACACAAAGAUUGUCUGAAAGUUGUGGAGGAGGCCUGGCAUAAGAUAGGUCCGACUGAUGUGCUUACUUGAUUUACCCAAUGCCGAGUUGACUUGGAAGGCUGGAGCCGCGAAACGUUCCCGAACUUUAACAAGCAGAAGGAGCGGGUCCGACGAGGUCUCCGCGCCCUCGAACGGCAGGUCAAAACUGAGGAAGUCCUUGAGCAGAUUAGCAAGUUGGAUGGUGAAAUGGAUGACAUCCUGGAUAGUGAGGAAAAUUAUUGGAAGCAACGAUCCAGAGUAGGGAUGGCAAUGGGGCGGGUUUGGGGCGGGUUUGCUUAAACCAUCCCCAUACCCAUCUUCAAAUACCCAAACCCAUACCCGCCCCAUACCCAUGCGGGGAAUGUUUUGAAAACCCAUCCCCAUACCCAUGGGUUUCGGGUACCCAUGGGUAAUACUCAUACCCGUACAUCCAACAUAUGUAUUAGAGUUAAAACUUACAGGAAAAGUUCUAAUUAUAAAUCUAAACGAACAUAUUAUAUCAUGAAGUCAACAAAACACGGUCAUUUUUUUAAUAUGGUUCAAAGAUUAUAAUCCUAAAAUAUCCAUUAAUACAUAAUAUAGAGUAUAAUAUUUUUCAAAUUAUUAUGUUCUAACUCUAAUACAUCUACUAAAUAAUAAUUAACUAACAUAAUCUUGUUGACAAGGGGGAAAGUGAAAGAGUGAAAUGAGAAUUGAGAGAAAUGAAUUAGAUUUUGAUUAAGGUGGUCACUCAAUUGCAUUUCUACUAUUUAUUUUCUCAAUUUAUCCUCAUCAUCAUUGAUAGAUUAUAAUUUGAUGCACAUAUUUUUUUUAUAUAUGAAGAAAUUAUCUUAGUGGGGCGGGUAUGGGGAUGGGUAUGGGGCAGGGGAGGCUAAAACCAUACCCGCCCCAUACCCAUCAAACUUUUUGCGGGUUUUACCCAUACCCGCCCCAUACCCGGUCAAAACGGGGAUUCCCCGCGUUGACUGGGUCGGGGGCGGUCGGAUACCCGCGGCCAUGGGUUUGAUUGCCAUCCCUAAUCCAGAGUGGACUAGUUGAAAGAAGGUGACAAGAACACCCCUUUUUUCCACAAGAAAGCUACAGCCCGACGGAAGAGAAACACAAUCAAAAAAAUCAGAAAUACGGCGGGCAGGUGGUUUGUGGGACAAGAUGCAGUUACUACGUGCAUGGUCGAACACUUCAUGACCCUCUUCACUGCGAGCAAGGCUCCUGAUUCUUGGCCAGUGCUGGAGUCCAUCGAGAGGCGGAUUAACCAGUCGGAUAACGACGAGCUCUUGCGGCCAUUUCAACGAGAAGAAAUCUGGGGUGCCUUG